AUGAUUGACCAACGCAUUUUCGAAGAUCUUCAGACAAAGAUCGACGAGGAAACCACCGUCCGCGACGAACUACACGAUAUUGUCCACACUCUUGCACGGAAAGGACGUUCCACACAGGCAAUUCUCUCAAGGGCACACUCUACCCCGACUGAUCAGAUCAAGUCCGUUCUUGACGAUGCACUUGUGGCAAUCAAUGCCCAAAAGCAGGACGUUGCCCGCCUGAAGGCUGUGGCGGACAAGCACCCUUUCUACAAGUACAAUGGCGUCUGGUCACGGGAGCUGCAGAACCUGGUUUCUUCCGUUGAGCUGUGUGCAUGGCUGGGAGGACUUGAGGAGCACAAGGGACCUGACUCCACCUCGUUUAUGACUAUCGAGGAUGUGGGAAAGUUCCUAGAAGUGCCUGUCAACCUCAAAGAGGAGGAUGCAUUCCACCUGACCAUCGAGGAGUAUCUCCUCGCGCUGAUCUCCAUGGUUGAGGAGCUAUCUCGUUUGGCUGUCAACUCCGUUACUCUGGGUGACUACGAACGGCCCAUGCAGAUCGGUAACUUCAUCAAGGAGCUCUUUGCUGGAUUUCAGCUGCUGAACCUGAAGAACGAUAUUCUUCGCAAGCGAAGCGAUGGAAUCAAGUACAGCGUCAAGAAGGUUGAAGACGUCGUCUAUGAUCUUUCGCUGCGCAAUCUCAUCCCGAAAUAA